UUGUUUAUGUGCGUUUGCUGUUGCUCGUGUGCGCAUUUAGAUGCGCACAUACGAACGUUGGAGACAGUUUUCCCGCUCGCGAAGAGUGGCGCCAUUGUUGCCAGGGUUGGACAAGGCCUUUGUUGUCUCAGGCAUAUAAGAACACCUGCGGCCUUCACUCACAAAGUUUGCUACUGGGUGUUAUCAGGUGUGGGUGAGUGUUACCAGGUGUGGGUGAGUGAUCCAGGUGUGGGUGAGUGAUCCAGGUGUGGGUGAGUGUAUCCAGACAUGGGAUGUUGGUGUUGGUGUGUUGACAAGAGCAUUAUAAGCAUUAUAUACUAGCCUUCCCGGCAAGUAUAUAAUGCUUAUAAACGCACAACCUUUCCUCUGUUGCAGGCCAACAUGCCCAUCAUUCUCGGAGGUCUCAUAGUUGCAGGAGCAAUCGGGUUGGUCGUUGCGGCCUCAGUGUUGCGCGGCUCCCGAAGGCGUUACCGUGGAAGGAGGCGGAGGUACGGGCGGGAGACAAAGAACUCGAAGAAUAACCUGAGCGGGCUGCUGGAGAUGGUGCGCGCGCAGGAUGUUACCGGCUGCGGCAGGAGACUCAUGUGUGAGCUGGCGGCCAUUCCAGAGGACAUCGAGCUUCCAGAACUGGCGCGAGACAUCUUAGAACUGGUCGGACCUGCAGUGAGGCCCGGAGAAGGAGUCCUGCCCCCUGGAGCCUCUGGAGAGUACCUGGAGGCAAAGAGUUAUGGCCACUAUGGCGGGAACUGUGGCCAGAAGUACUUCACUUGUCCUGAAGACGGACGGCAUCUUCUGGGGAUGGUUCUUGACCAGCUCCAGUAAGCAUUCUUCACCAGGUGUUAAUAGACUUUCCACACCUACAGCGUUGGUACUUGGCAUUAGGCUCCAUUAAGCAUUCUUGGCCACCAGCGACCGCCUUAAGAAGGUCUUUUAUUCAUAAGAAUAUCAAGGAAUAUGCCUAAGGCUUAUUGAGCCAUGCGAGGUAUCGUUCCUUACUGCUGUUUCUCAAGGACCGUGUAACAGCUCAACUGUAUUUAAUGCAUGAACAGUUAAACAAGAUUCUAUGGCUAUGAAUAGUUCAUGAAAGCUCUUGUAAUUCAAAUGAUUUAAUAUGAAUUCGUUAGUACUGCUUCCUUAUUUAUUAUAAAUUGUAUGUAGUUUUCACCUCAUUUUUUGAUAGUUUAUAGAAUAUUUAAUAUAUUUGUUUUCAAUAUAUUCACAGUUUUGUUGUCAGUAUUUGGAGUUUUUUAAGUUUAGUUCAUUUAUUAUGCACCCCAUACCCAUCUUGUGGGCGGUAGUGGAAAGGGUUACAGAGGCACAUAAUGGGCUCAGGGACUGAACCCCACAAUUCAUUUAGUUAA